CUUGUCUUGAUCUCAUACCACUGUGGGAGGCCGCAGAAGAAGACACGCAGAGCGCGAGUGAGUGUGCAGUGGGGGUGGGAGGCUGGGCUGCAGUGCCCUCUACUGGCGACUGAAGAAGCUGUCCAAACCGGUUGAGCUACGUCAGCAAGCAGCGACGGUGAGUGCGUAUGCGACAGAGAGACAUAAUCGGCUGCAACGGAGCUGACCUACCUGGGGGCUCCUUCCCAUCCUCGCCCCGGGCGGUGGUGAUGCUCGUCGUGGGUGCUUGAUGGGGCUCUUCAGGAUCAUGAUGCCGCCCAAGUUGCAGCUUUUAGUCGUGCUGACGUUCGCCGUUACCAUGCUCUUCAUCGAGAACCAGAUCCAAAGACUGGAAGAGUCCAGAGCCAAACUAGAGCGCGCCAUGGUCAGACGCGAGCUUUCUGCGGUGGAGCAGCAGCGUCACGGCGAAGACAGCGGUCGUGGCCUCUCGGAGGAGGAGCACGAGAAUGUCGAGGACGUGGUGAUCAUCUACAACCGGGUGCCCAAGACGGCUAGCACUUCCUUCACCAACAUUGCGUAUGACUUGUGCACCAAGAACCACUUCCACGUGCUGCACAUCAACACCACCAAGAACAACCCUGUCAUGUCCUUGCAGGACCAGAUGCGUUUUGUUCACAACGUGACAUCCUGGCGAGGGAUGAAGCCCGGUUUCUACCACGGCCACGUGGCCUACCUGGAUUUCUCCAAGUACAGCGUCAAGGGGAAGCCCCUCUACAUCAACGUGGUGCGAGAUCCCAUCGAGCGCUUGGUGUCCUACUACUACUUCCUGCGUUUCGGAGACGACUACAGGCCCGGCCUGCGGCGAAGGAAGCAAGGGGACAAGAAGACUUUCGACGAGUGUGUGUCGUCCAGUGGCCCUGACUGUGCUCCUGAGAAACUCUGGCUGCAGAUUCCCUUCUUCUGUGGCCAUCAUUCAGAAUGCUGGAAUGUGGGCAGCCGCUGGGCGCUUGAGCAGGCCAAGUACAACCUGGUCAACGAGUACCUGCUGGUGGGCGUGACCGAGGAGCUGGAGGACUUCAUCAUGAUCCUGGAGGCCACGCUGCCGCGCUUCUUCAAGGGCGCCACCGACCUCUACAAGUCGGGCAAGAAGUCGCACCUGCGCAAGACCACCGAGAAGAAGCUGCCCACUCAGGAGACCAUUACAAAACUCCAGCAGUCCAAGAUCUGGAAGAUCGAGAACGAGUUCUACGAGUUUGCGCUGGAGCAGUUCCAGUUUGUGCGGGCGCACGCUGUCCGAGAGAAGGACGGUGAGCUCCUCGUGCUGCCGCAGAGCUUCUUCUACGAGAAGAUCUACCCCAAAGCCGCCUGAGAAACGCAAGGGCGAAUCCACACGGACAUGCUGGAUUCCAGGACUUUUAGCAGGUAAUAGUGGUGGUGGGUUUUUCAUGAUGGGCUCAAUCGGGACUGAAAAGCGACUUUUGAGUCAACGAGCACCUUUCGAUUGACUGCUGAGCUCACCCGACCGAUGAGAAUUGGUUUCGUACGCGACAUUUUUCGAGCUUGUUUACAGCAAGAUUUCAAAGACAGUGGUGGGACUGUGUACUAACUGCUUGUCAGUCCAGCAAUUUCACAUAGAACCACAUAGAUGUCCCAAUGGGUCACUUGCACAACUUUGUGAUGUGUGGGCAGAAGUAUUGGGACAGCAAUUGCAGACGUGGCAUCGCCACGAGCUCUGCUCGAUGAUAUCUAGCACCCGACCCGAAACGUUUUAAUCAACUGAAACCUUUGCCGUCGUUUUUGAAUGAUUGGGGGGGUCCUCUGUCCCAAUACUUUUGUCUAGCACCACCGAUGGUGGCGAACUCCGAGCUCGUACAACUGAAUGUGCCUUUUAUGGGGAUUAUUAAUAUUAGCACAGUUUUCUGUUGCGCUGGCACUCAAAACAAUCACUUUUUUUUUCUAUUUUGUACUUGUCCUCGUCCACGUGCGUUUCAGACAUAAACACCUACUUUCAAAUCUUUUCUGUUGCGUUGGCACUCAAAACAAUCGCUUUUUUUCUGUAUUUCUCCUCGUCCACGUGCGUUUCAGACAUAAACACCUACCUUCAA